UCUACAUUGAUCAAUAAUGAAAUGAAUCAUAAAAUUAUAGUGAAACCAUACGGAGAUCCAAAUGUAGAAAGUGAAUACAUUCCCAAGGAGGGAAUUGUGAAAAAUAAAAUAAAUUUCUGGGAGGAACAUUCGAGGAAAUUACUUGAAAAACAUAGUGUUAUGAACAUUCCAAAGGAGAAUAAUGUGAGAAAAAAGUUCAAGCUUGCGGAAUCAGGAAAUCAUUCCUGUUCGGGUCCUUGUACAGGGUUUUAUUUCAACAGCCGCGAGACUCUCACGUCAACUGGAUCUUCAGACUUUCCUAGCACAAGCAGUGGAAUCACAUCACUGUCCAGACUUACAAGUGAAUCUGGAAAUGAAUUCAAUGAAAAUAGACAACCGAAUGAAGAUGAUCUUAAAUUUGAUGGACAGGUCCAAUCGCAAGCAAAUACUGUGAGGGAAAUAGGGAUUAACACAUCUUACGGAAAUAUAUCAGAUAAUGCAGAGAUGGAUGAAGCUAUUGGGCCAAUUCUGGAUCCAGUGUUGGAAUGGAAUUAUCCAAAGCGCUUUCAAGAUGAAAUGUUCCUACCAAAUGAGGAUAUUCUGGCAGAAUUCCAUUAUAAAUUUGCAAAAGAGGUUCAACCUACUCGAAGUCUGCUCUCAAAAAUUCACAGGACUGUCACAAUGUAUGUAAAAGAAAUUGUUCUAGCUUACGUAUUCUUCAGAUCAGCCACAAUUAUUUACUUCUGGUUAUGGUGAUUUAAAUCAAAGUCACGCAAAUUCAUGAAGCUUCCUUUGUUUGUAUGGAUUG